UAUAAAGUCUUUCACGUAAGUUCAAAUUUUGCGUGGCAUAUUCAGAACCUCCUCCAGGUGAUGUUGGGCAAAGGAUGAUGUUACGGUUUCUCACAGACAAAGAUAUAUAUUCAGUCGAGUUAUGCGCAAAGCUGCGUCUCAGUGAUUGAAGUCUUCGGAUACGUGGGAGUGAAAGAUGAUUUUCACGCACCGUGAUUUCUUCUGAGGACUUCUGAGCGUCUCUGUUGUUUCAACACACCUUUCAUUUAGAGGAACCUCGGGCUGCAUUUAUCUUGUUCUCAUAAUUUUUGUGCAGUUUUAACAAUGACAGAGAAAAUAGCUCCCUGGUGGAGGUCUUUCGUGGGCAAGAGGAGAAAGGCGGCCAGAGAAUCGGCGGCGACACUGGAACAGGACCUCCGUAAUCAGCCUUCAGCAGGGUCCACACAGCAUCCCUCCGCUGAGCCGGACCAACAGCUCACCUCACCGACACGUCCAACGAAAGAAGUGGACAACUGCUUACCGAGCGACGAAACAUAUGACGACUCAGCUGUACAGCCAACUUUCAACGAGAGCUCCAAUCGCCGUAAUCUCACCGUGUCCCGCUCCGGACGCUUCAAAGAGAAACGGAAGACCCGCGUGAGUCUUCCACAGAACAACGGAGGUGAUGGGAAACCCGCUGCAGCCAAAUCAACCGACGUCCAGUCAACGCGCUGAUUGCAACCGCGGUUUAUACCCGAUGGUA